UAUCGCUGUUUUUCCUCUCGCUCCUCCUGUGGGCGGCGCCGCCGCUGCGCACAGAACACAUCCUCGCCAGCGUAGCUUCUCCGGCGUCCGGCCAACGCGCUCACUAGCCUCCCGCCUUCCUCCACAUCUCCUCGCCUCCACCCCAUCUAGUUCGUGCCAUUCGCUGCUCCAAGACAAGGGCAUGGCGCUCGGCGGCUGCGGCAACGAAGCUGAUGGUGCACGAGCCAACAAUGGAGGCAGUAGCACGGGGCAGCGACAGCAGCAUGGAGGGCGUCCUCUUGUUUGGGAAGGUAAUGGAACUGCAAAUAGGAGUGGCAGCGGCGACCAGGAUGCAAAUGGAAGUGGUUCCCAAAGACCUUGGAAAGGACUUAAAGACAAUAACUUAUAUGAUCCUUGGAACCAUGCAUGGCCGUAUUAUGGGGGUUUUGAUUGCACGUACUGCAGCCUAAAGCACAAAGGUGGAGGUGCAACCCGUGUCGCGGAGCACCUUGGUGGUAUUGUAGGUAAUGUGAGGAGCUGUCCCAAUGUGCCAAGAAAUGUGAGAGAUGCAAUGAGAGAGUGCCGGGAUGAAUCAAGGAGGAAGAAAAGAGACAAACAAAAUAGCAGGCUGAGAAUUGAAAGAAAUAUUAUGGAAGGGUUGUAUAAAAAAGGAGGGGUGGUUAACGUACCAGAUGAUGAUGAAGAAGAAAUUCAGAUGAAUAUUAGAGAAGCAUUGCGUGACCAGAAUGUCUCUCGCAGAAUUGAAAGGAGAAUUGGAUCUGUCCUACAAUUGUCUUAUGUUCUUAAAAUAUUUGCUUUGUUCUAAUUAGACUUUAUCUAUAGAGAGAUUGAAAAGGUUGUCGAAGAGAUAGGGCAUGAGCAUAUAGUUCAAAUAGUAACCGAUAAUGGAUCCAAUUAUAAGAAAGCUUGCAAAACCCUUAUAGAAGAACCAAAAUACUCUCAUAUUGUUUGGCAACCGUGUGCGGCCCAUACCGUCAAUCUUAUGCUAAAAGAUAUAGCAAAAUUUCCUGAGGUUGAUGUGAUAGUCAAGAGUACCAAAGGAUUGGAAGGAGUGUCAGUGGAGGUAUGAGCCUGGGUAUGUGUUUGCUGAAGAGUGUUUGUCUAGUAAUGUUUGGUGGAACGCACUAGAGUGGGUAUUGAGUUCAUUGAGGCCACUUUAUACGGCCAUGAGGUAUGCUGAUACACAAAAACAAUGCACACUUUCUGGCUUCAAAAAAAGCAUGAUGCUUGCUAUACAAAGGAUGGAAGCCCAUCUUGGCCCUACAUCAAGGUUGUACCUUUCGUUCAUGCGCAAGGUGGGCAAGAGGAUAGAUGCAAUGGAAGAAGAUACAUUUAUGGUUGCAGCUGCUGUCCUUGACCCAUAUACACAUUACAAGCUGAACCUUUGCAACCACACAGAUUAUGCCACUUCACUAACAGAUGCGAUAGCGAAGAUAUUAGACCCAGUGAGUGCUCUUUCAGCCAUUGAUGAAGUGAGCAAGUUCAGGGAGUGCCAAGGGAGGUUUGGGACCAGAUUGGCAGAAGAAGCUGCGGCGAGAAUGGGGCCAACCCAAUGGUGGUUUCAGUUUGGAGGGGAUGUUCCUGCAUUGCAGAAAUGUGCAAUGAGAAUUUGCUCACAAUGUGUCUCCUCUAGUGGGUGUGAGAGAAAUUGGAGCGCUUUUGCUUUGGUGCACACAAAGCAAAGAAGUCGUCUUCUAUAUGACAAGCUCCACAAGCUAGUUUCUGUACGCUACAACUUAAAGAUACGUGCUGAAGAAGAUCAAGAGAAAGAGAGAUAUAUAGAUAAAGAAAUUGAUCCAAGUGCAUUGCUAAUGGAUACCACAAUGUUUGAUGAAACAAACCCAAUAAUGGAGUGGCUGAAUGAGGAUGUAGAGGAUCCGAUUGUGGAUGGAGCUGAUGCAGCUAGUGCUGUUUUUGAGCAAAUAAGGCGCCUCAACUCAAGCAGGAAGGCGUCUUAUGUUGGUUCAAAGGGUAAUAACAAGAAAAGAAAGAGGAAUGAUGAUGAUGAGAAUGAGUUUCUUGAAACUGAGAGUGAGGAUGAUGAAGAAGAGAAUGAAUAUGUUGAUAAUGACAUCGAGGAUGAUGAUGGGGUGAGUGAGGAUGAUGAGGAUGGUGAACAAGAUCAGCUAGAGACACAAAUGCAACUUGAAGAAGAGACACAAGAACAAGUUCAAAAGGAGGCACCAACAAGCACUGGCCAUUUGGAGACUAGAUCUGGACGACUUAUUAGGAAGAAGACCAAGAACGUCAACAGCCUCUACUCGUAAAUUUGAAAUGGCACGUGAGCAAAGGAUAUCAAGAAGCUUUUGGAUGUUGGGAAGCUUGGAGCUGAUGCUUCAAAUAAGCUGAUGGUUGUCUUUUGGAGAUGUUUCUAUGUUUAAUGCUUUAAAGUCUUUUGGCUGUACUGGACUAUUUAAACUUUGAACUAUGCUGUGAUGGUUGAACUGAUGCUGGACGGUUAAGGGUUUAUGUCAGAGGCAACUUUAUAACUAAUGUGUGCCUGUUAUGUUGGACUGUUAA